UCGCGCGGCGAGGACGCGCUACUGUCGCUCGUUUCGAGGGGUGGCGAGCUCUGCUGUCCGGGAAUGCGGGGAGGAAAGAAGGCUUUCUCUUUCCAUGCUGGUUCUUGCGGUUGUUCCUCGUGAAAAACCCGGGAGAACUACGGCCUCCAUCCCUCCUUGCGCAUGCGCUGCCCUGAGGCGUGGAGGGGGCGCGGGGGGCUGCCGUAAAGCGCGGAGGAUGUCGGGGCUGAUGUGUGGGGCCGAGCCGCAGCUCUUCGAGAAGCGGGUGCUGGUGACGGGCGGCGCGGGGUUCAUUGCUUCACACGUGGUCGUCUCUCUUGUGAAAAACUAUCCAAACUAUCUGAUUAUAAAUCUAGAUAAGCUGGACUACUGUGCAAGCUUGAAGAAUCUUGAAACUGUCUCUGAGAAGGAAAACUACAAGUUUAUUCAGGGAGAUAUUUGUGAACCUGAUUUUAUAAAACAGCUCUUCAAAACUGAGAAAAUAGAUAUAGUCCUUCAUUUUGCAGCUCAAACACAUGUAGAUCUUUCAUUUUGGCAUGCUCUGGAAUUCACCUAUGUGAAUGUUUAUGGCACUCAUGUACUAGUUGCUGCUGCGCAUGAAGCCAAUGUGGAGAAGUUUGUCUAUGUCAGUACAGAUGAAGUAUAUGGAGGUAGCACUGAUGAGGAAUUUGAUGAAUCCUCGCCAAAACGUCCAACAAAUCCCUAUGCCUCCUCUAAAGCAGCAGCAGAGUGUUUUGUUCAGUCUUACUGGGAAAGGUACCAGUUCCCAGUUGUUAUCACACGGAGCAGUAAUGUUUAUGGACCACACCAGUAUCCAGAAAAAGUUAUUCCAAAGUUUAUAUCUUUGUUGCAACAGAACAGAAAAUGCUGUAUUCAUGGUUCUGGACUUCAAAGAAGGAAUUUCCUUUAUGCAGCUGAUGUAGUAGAAGCAUUCCUUACUGUCCUGAAGGAGGGGAAGCCAGGUGAAAUUUAUAACAUUGGAACUAACUUUGAGAUGUCCAUUGCCCAGCUUGCUAAGGAGUUAAUCCAUUUAAUAAAGAAGACCAGUUCCGAAUCUGAAAUGGAGCACUGGAUGGAUUAUGUCAAAGACAGGCCAACCAAUGACUUGAGAUACCCAAUGAAUUCAGAAAAAAUGCACAGCUUAGGAUGGAGACCUAAAGUGCCUUGGAAAGAAGGAAUAAAGAAAACAAUUGAAUGGUACAAAGAAAACUUUCAAAACUGGAAAAACUUGGAGAAAGCUUUGGAGCCCUUUCCAGUGACAGAACCCUUUGCACAGCUCAGCAGUCCAUAAGGUGGCGGAGAGCAUGAAGAAGUUUAUUCUACCUCAUACAGUAUUUUUUUUCGAAGCCUGCAAUCAAGUGGCCACACUGAACUCUUAAUGUAUUCCAGAUACAUGAACCAUGACAAAUACAGUACUGCAGUAUGGCACAAGUUUGGAAGGUUUUCGGCACUUUAUAAGUUGAACCUGUCUAUUUCAGCUCUUGAUGCAAUACUAUAUUCUCACUGUAUGUUGAUUUUAAAGAAUGUACAUGAUGAAGGAUAUUUAUAAUGCUGUAAACUAGUGUAACUGAGGUAAAAUCUGCCUUAUUAAGAAUAAUUAAUUGUGAUUACAGCUUUUGACUUUCAUUGACAUUUAUUUUAGUUCUGCAAUUGUUAAUCUGUAUUGGUUUGUUUUUUACAGUGUUAUGUAUUUUUGUCACUUUAGAGAGUUGUUUUAUUUUUAAUCAAGAGGAAAAAUGCUAUAUAUUCUGGAGAAUAUAUGUCAGUUGAUAAAAGCUAGUUAGGGCCCUGAUACGGUUCAGUCCUUUCCUCUGUUGGUGCAUUAUUUCUUUCUGUAGAUGACUGCUAAAAGUGUUAACCUACUCUGUAACUUUAAAUGCCCUUUUUUAAGAGGGGAAAUGUUUCAAGUAGCAGGUGUUCUUGCUAAGAUUUCCAGAAGCAUUUUCUUAAACUAUGCUCUGUUUUAGAAGUCAUCUUUUUUACCGUAUUACUGUCUUUUUCAUGUUGAUUUCCUUUUCAUAACUGUAAUGGUAACAAACAUGAAAUACUGUAACACAGUUAACAUUCCAGUGAUGUUAUUUCCUGUCAUAGAAAGGCUAUUUAUGGAGAAAGAUGGUGAACACUUUUCCUGUGAAUUGUGGAUUGGUAGACCUUACUCAACACAGUGUUUUAUGAAUUUUUUUUCUUUGGUGACAGACAUUUUAAAGAUGAAACAAUAUAUGAAUUUUCAUGUAAAGUUUGGAAAGAAGCUUCACUUCCAGAAAGAUGUCAAUAAAUCUUUUUUCUAAGUUGA